CUAAUAAAGCAAGUUUCGUAAGCAGAAGAUAUAUUUGAUCACAACACUUUCAGCUCGAUAUGUUUUCCGCAAAUUCUACAGUACCUCAGGUUGUCACAGCACUUGCCCAGAUUCCAGCAUUAUUAAACCAUGCUAGAAACUUCAGUUUAACCAAGACUCUCAGCACGACUUCACACAUACCACUACCCAACAGAAAGGACAGACCUCACUAUAACAGACAUGCUGCAAAACAUAAAGCACAGACUAUGGAAGAGCUUAUUGAAUGCUUGGAUGCCAAAGAUGUUCAGAUUAUUUCACAAACAGUGAAAAAAGCAGAACUUCUCAAUGUGUAUCAGAACAAUCCACUGAGGAGCAGCAUGCUUGGAUUAUCUAACUCUCAUAUUUCUGCACCUACGUUUUUUGAAAAUAAAACAGGUUUCCCAGAAUCAUUAUUGAGGUCACCAUUUCCAGGACAGAUGCAUCUUCAACACCUUAUAUGUUCUUCUCGGACCAAUAUUAUGUUUGAACAAAGGAGAGGAUUUGAAUCAAAGAAGAGAAGAAAAGAAGCUGCAGAGGAAGCAAAUUCAAAGGAGACUGUAAAAGACGAGAUGAAGGAUGCAUCUAAAAAGUCUGUUCAACUACUUACACGGAUUUUCCUUAUAGGAUUAUUGGUAUUUCUUAUCAUACGAUACCUAUCUGGACCAGGAUUGAUGCUGUUUGAUUUUGAAAUAAAGCCUACUAGGUCAAACACAUGCUUUGAUGAUGUACAGGGGUGUUAUGAAGCAAAACAGGAAUUAAUUGACAUUGUCAACUUUCUGAAGAACCCCAUCCGUUUCACUUCUGUCGGUGCAAAGCUUCCAAAAGGUGUAUUGUUAUCUGGACCUCCAGGAGUUGGGAAGACUCUGCUGGCCAGGGCUGUAGCUGGAGAAGCUAACGUUCCAUUUUUCCAAGUGACAGGCUCAGAAUUUGAUGAAAUGUUUGUAGGCACAGGGGCUAAGAAAGUCCGCACUCUUUUCAAAACUGCUAAGAGUGUUGCACCCUGUGUAGUCUUCAUCGAUGAGCUUGAUAGUGUUGGUAGUAAAAGGGCUAAUACCGGAAUGCAUCCCUAUGCUAAUCAGACUAUAAAUCAGCUGCUUGCAGAGAUGGAUGGAUUUCAGCCCAAUAGUGGAGUAAUAGUGAUUGGAGCUACAAACAGAAGCCAACAUUUGGACAGUGCCAUUGUACGUGCAGGUCGCUUUGAUGUGGAAAUAAAAGUUCGUGUACCUCCUUUGAGAGAAAGGAGAGAGUUAUUUGAAUACUUUCUGAACAAACCAAAUAUAACGCUGCAUCAAGAUGUGAACAUCGAUGAUUUGGCCAGAACCAGUGUGGGGUUCACAGGAGCUGAUAUAGAAAACAUGGUCAAUCAGGCAGCUCUCCACUGUGCUCUCCGCAACAGUAACGUCAUCUGCCAACAGGACCUGGAUUUUGCUAAGGACAAAGUAACAAUGGGUCCUGCUAUGAAGCACAAAAUACCAGAUGAGAACACUAAUCGUGUGACAGCAUACCAUGAAGCUGGCCAUACUAUUGUCAGUUUGUUCACACCGAAUGCAGCACCCUUGUACAAAGUCACCAUUCAGGCACGAGGCCAGACUUUGGGACAUACUGCCUUCAGUUUGGAUAAAGAUGAAUAUAAUGUUUCCAAGGCACAGCUGAUGGCAAGGAUGGAUGUAGCUAUGGGAGGUCGCGUAGCAGAAGAACUAGUGUUCGGAUCAGACAAAGUCAGCACUGGAGCGUCAUCAGAUUUCCAGAUGGCCACAGCUACCGCCCAAGCCAUGGUUACACAGUAUGGGAUGUCAGAUAAGAUUGGCAUUCAUGUAUUUUCUGAAAAUGACAAGCCUUCCGGGGCCAUGCAGGACCUUAUAGACCAGGAGGUACAACGUCUACUCAAUGAGUCCUAUGCACGGGCUGUGGAUUUGUUGAAAAAGCACAGAGAUGAACUUAAUCGAUUAGCAGCUGCUCUACUAAAGUAUGAAAUACUGAGCAAAGAGGAUGUGCAGGCAGUGAUUGCAGGGAAAAAACCAAAGCCUCCUAUGCCCAGCCCUCAGAUUAUUGUGGACAAAAUCAUCUUCCCCGAUAAACCAGGCCAGAAUAACUUAUGAAACCAGAAUUUUUAUUAGCGAGUUUCUUAAAGGACAAUGACACAAUGCUUAUUAAAAUGUUAGUAUUACCAUAAGCAUGCCUAGUCAAGUAUAAGUCAUGUGUUGGUUUGUAAUACAAAUCAUUGUGUACUUUAUAUAACACAAUGAAAUGAUGCCAUCAUUGUCCCAAAGAAUAUUUGAAUCAAUUCAUUGAUGGGGCAUUUGUUUUGCUGGUUUUUUAUUUUGUUUUUGUGCUUUUUAAAGGUUAAAUACAAAAGAAAAUAAGGAAAAUUAAACCUUGCAUGGAUGAGGGGGGAAUUUGAAAAUAAGCUGGUACAAAUCUGACUGUAGCUAUUUCAGUGGCUUUAUAUUUAAGUCUAUAGAAUAUUUGUACUGUUGUAGCCAAUGAUCUUGUCACAUAUUGAAGAAAGCGAGUGGAAAACAAGGACUAUAACAAAUGUUUUUUUCAAUGAAACUAUUGAUAUGAUUGUGAUAUAUAAUACUAAAAUGAACCGGUGCAAAAUGUAUGCACCAUUGAAAGUUACGUCAGAUCUGUGAACCUCUGUAACUUGUUUGUUGUUUGCAAAUGUAAUAUAUAUACCUGGUAUAUACCAAGUAAGUCUUCAAAAUGUUUCUAAUCAAGCUGUAAAUAAGGGGAAAGAAAAAUAGACAAUAGUGUGUUCUGUACUGAAACAAAAUCAUCUUAUGGGUUUUUUUUAUCGUCCUGAAUGAAUUUUAUUGAACGAUUCUUCAUUAUAUGUCCUUUUUUUAAAGUUGAUUUUCUUGUUAUAACUUGUUUUUAGUUUUCGUGGUCCAAUGGAUCAGUGGCAUAACAUUUAGUCUGCAGGACACAAGACCCUAUGAAGGAACUUGUGUUCUUUGUGCCUGGUUUCUUACUAUCUGAUGGGGUUCAUAAGAUGUAUAUUUUAAAAGUAUAUAUUUUGUGAAUUUUGACCAAAUAAGGCCUGAAACAAAAUUUGAUGAAUAAAGGGGACUCAGUUUUACAAAGAGGGUCUAGCUCUCAGUGGGUAGGGACGAAUAUAUUGGAAACAGGAUUUUUUUUUUUUUUUUAUCUUGUCCUUCCAUUAAGAUAAGGAUUGUAUGACAAAUUUCUGUCAAAAUGAUCAAAUUUUUGAAAGAAAGGGUUCAACAAGAGUCAGAAUGUACAAAGACGGGUCUGUAACCUUCUUCUCCUAUGUGGAUAAAGGGAACUUUGAUCCAAUUUGAAUUGGUCCAUCUUUUGUUGCAAGACUUGCUCAUAGGUCAAACCUUAAUUCUGUAUCAUUGUUGGAAUAUUUGAAAUAUUUCUGUAAAGGAGAAUAUUUUGUCAUGAUUGCUGAAGUGAAUUUAUUAAGAUAUGAUAUGAUUAUCAUUAGGGUGGGUUUUUUUUUUUUUUUUCUUCUUUUUACUUUAAAUACUUAAAAUUAUGUAAAAGUAAUUGAAAACUUCAUGAUGGGAUACUUUCAUCAUUUCACGUUUGGAUACUUUUUUGUAUUCGAGUGCUGUGUAAAGAAAUUCACAUUAAAGUCAGUGGAAGAGUGACUAGAUGUUGCAAUGACAAAAGUGGGAUUUACAAAUGCCCAGGCAAGGGGGAUAAUAACAUAGGGACUGGCAUGUAGAGUGAAAAUAGGAAUGUGGUAUUGAACGAAAGGGUUUUUGGUUUAGAAAGGUAUGGAUAAAGUAUUUUAAAGAGGUUUAGGAUAAAAAGGUGGACACAUCUGAGUAAAAGAUGUUAUAUAGAAUGUUACAGAAUAUACAUGGUAGUUAGAUAAUGAGAACAUUAUUUCUCUUACUAAUAUCUGUGAGAUCUGUGUGAUGUGGAAGAAAAACUUCUGGCAGUGUGUGGAAAUGGCAAGAAUUGAGAGGAUAACACUGUUUAAGGUUGAAGAAUACAAACUAAUUUUAUUAUUUUAUCAUGAUUAAAAUAUUUCAAAGUAAAAA